AAUUGCUUUUUGACCUUCAAAUCAACGAGAAUGGAGAUAACCAGAGAUACCCAUCUCCAAAUUUGUCUCCUUCUCUCCUCAAACCCAUUAGACCUGAGAGAAAAGAGAGAGAGCACAACCCAGAGGGGCCUUACCCCUACCCAAUCCUAACUUUCUCCUCUAAUGGAGCCCAAAUGUCUUCGACUCAUCUCUCACCAGUCCUUCUUCUCAGCCGUUCGAUCCGACAAUAUCGAUUCCCUGAAGCUCGUCCUUGAAGGAUCAAAAGGGGGUGACGGAGAAGAUCCAGCUUCAAUCUCUACCUCAAUGGCGUUGUGUAACGACGCCGGUGAGACGCCUCUGUAUAUCGCUGCUGAAAACAAUCUAGAAAAGGCCUUCAAGUAUUUGGUAAAAUUUUGUGACCUUCAGACCGUGAUGAUCAGAUCCAAGUCCGGUAUGGACGCAUUUCAUGUCGCCGCCUCGCGCGGGAACUUGGGGGUUGUGAAAGAGCUUUUAAGCAGGUGGCCUGAGCUUUGUAAAUUUUGUGAUGCCACAAACACAAGCCCUCUUUAUUCAGCUGCUCGCCGGGACCACUUGGAGGUGGUGCAUGCCAUAUUAGAUGUUGAUGAAAGCUCAAUUAGGAUUGUGAGAAAAAAUGGGAAAACUGCACUGCACAAUGCUGUUAGGUAUGGCCUUCAUCGAAUAGUAAAAGCUCUCAUAGACACAGAUCCAGAAAUUGUUUCUAUUAAAGACAAGAAGGGCCAGACUGCACUUCACAUGGCUGUGAAAGGUCAGGAUCCUUCUAUAGUAGAGGAGAUAUUAUGUACUGAUAUGUCUAUACUUAAUGCACACGAUAAGAAGGGAAAUACAGCUCUGCAUGUAGCCACAAGGAAAUGCCGUUCACAGAUAGUGAUCCUUCUACUGGGAUAUCAUUGUAUAGAGGUCAAUGCUAUUAAUUGUCAGAAUGAAACUGCAAUGGACUUGGCAGAGAAACUCCAGUAUGGAGAACCUGCGUUGGUAAUUGCGGAAGCUCUAGUAGAAGCUGGGGCAAAACAUGCUAGGAAUGUAGGCCAAGUGGCUGAGGCAAUGGAGCUGAAAAGAACUGUAAGUGAUAUAAAGUAUGAGGUAGAAUCACAGCUCCAACAGAAUGCAAAGACCGACAGAAGAGUCUCCGGGAUUAAAAAAGAGCUGCGGAAACUGCACAGAGAAGCUGUUCAGAACACUACCAAUUCUGUGACAGUCGUUGCUGUUUUGUUUGCCUCCAUUGCUUUCAUGGCUAUAUUUAACUUACCUGGUCAAUAUUUUCGGAAUGGGCCAGAUGUUGGGAAGGGUCAAAUAGCUGAUUUUGUUGGGUUUCGUGUGUUCUGCCUUUUGAAUGCUACAUCUCUGUUCAUCUCUCUAGCUGUUGUUGUGAUUCAGAUCAGUUUGAUUGCCUGGGAUACCAGGGCUCAGAAACAGGUUGUUUCGGUAGUGAACAAACUAAUGUGGGCAGCCUGCAUUAGCACAUGUGGGUCUUUUCUGUCAUUAGCUUUCAUUGUUGUGGGAAAAGACAGCUCUUGGAUGGCUGUUACCAUAACGGUUUUGGGUACACCAAUCCUUGUUGGGACUCUUGCUAGCAUGUGUUACUGUGUUUUCCGUCAACAUUUUAGAAUAUUUGGUGAUGAUUCUCAGAGACGCAUUAGAAGGGCUGGUGGUAGCAAAUCCUUUUCAUGGUCUCGACACUCUGGCUUUUCAGAUCCAGAUGCUUAUGAAUCAGACCUGGAGAAGAUCUAUGCUUUGUAACUAAGUAUUCAAAAGUGUAAAGCACGUAAGAAGCCGGUUUAAGUUGUAAAUAUAGCUAGUUUUGGGAGUUCAGGAGCAGUAGCUUUGAUGCUACUAUUAUGAGUCUCAACCAUCAGAGAAUGCAGUUUUGGUUUUAUAUAUAUGCGAGGGGAUUCUUCCUUUUUUGUGGGAAGGGUCCCAUUUAUGUAUAUUUACAGGAACAUUAUGUGGAUUUAUGUAUAUGCAAGUAGUAAGUUUUGAUUA